CUGGUACAGGGCUGGGGAUAGAGGUUGUAGGGCUGACCCCAGGGGCAGCGGGUAGAUGUCAGGGGGCAGGUACAGGGUUGGGGAUAGAGGUUGUAGGGCUGACCCCAGGGGUAGCAGGUAGAGGUUGUAGGGCUGACCCCAGGGGCAGCUGGUAGAUGUCGGGGGGUAGGCACAGGGUUGGGGAUAGAGGUUGUAGGGCUGACCCCAGGGGCAGUGGGUAGAUGUUGGGGGGCAGGCACAGGGUUGGGGAUAGAGGUUGUAGGGCUGGUACAGGGUUGGGGAUAGAGGUUGUAGGGCUGACCCCAGGGCAGCAGGUAGAUGUUGGGGGGGCUGGCACAGGGCUAGGGAUAGAGGUUGUAGGGCUGGUACAGGGUUGGGGAUAGAGGUUGUAGGGCUGACCCCAGGAGCAGCGGGUAGAUGUCGGGGGGCUGGUACAGGGCUGGGGAUAGAGGUUGUAGGGCUGACCCCAGGGGCAGCGGGUAGAUGUCGGGGGGCAGGCACAGGGCUGGGGAUACAGGUUGUAGGGCUGACCCCAGUGGCAGCAGGUAGAGGUUGUAGGGCUGACCCCAGGGGCAGCGGGUAGACGUCAGGGGGCUGGCACAGGGCUGGGGAUAGAGGUUGUAGGGCUGACCCCAGGGGCAGCAGGUAGAGGUUGUAGGGCUGGUACAGGGCUGGGGAUAUAGGUUGUAGGGCUGACCCCAGGGGCAGCAGGUAGAGGUUGUAGGGCUGGUACAGGGCUGGGGAUAGAGGUUGUAGGGCUGACCCCAGGGGCAGCAGGUAGAGGUUGUAGGGCUGACCCCAGGGGCAGUGGGUAGAUGUUGGGGGGCAGGCACAGGGUUGGGGAUAGAGGUUGUAGGUCUGGUACAGGGCUGGGGGUAGAGGUUGUAGGGCUGACCUAGGGACAGUGGGUACAUGUCAGAGGGCUGGGUACUGUAGUUGAUACAGUACGGGGGGUAGAGGUCAGGGAGUAGGGUCAGUUCCUGUAGGGCUGGCUCUGUGGGGCUGCAUAUGGUGCCCCUGGGUGGCCUCUGUGAGGCUGGAGGGGUUUGAGUUUGAGGGUUGGGGUUUGGCAUGGUCCCUAGGGAAUGGAGUAUGGGGGUAGGUUCAGUAAUCCAACUGUCAUGAUCCUAGGGAGGGGAGGAGAGGUGUGGGAGGGUUCUGACAUACUGUAGGGGGUGCAUGGAUGGGGUUUGAGAUUGUGAAGCAGUAGGGCUGGCAUGGUGUCUAGAGGUGUGUGAGGUCUGAGGGGUGCUGACAUACCCCCUGGGGAGGGGGGGUAUAACCUGAAGGGGGUGACACAGUGGUGAAGGUGGGGAGAGUUGGGAGGCAUAGUUUCUGUAUGUGAAGUCUGAGAGAGCCCAUGUGGUGUCUAGGGGAGGGUGGUAAGAUGCCUGAACGGUCUAGGGCAGUGACGGGUACCUGUGAGGAGAGGACCAUACUAGGGAUUAUCCCAGUGCCUAUGAUGGGCAAGAAGCAUCCUGGAAUGGUAAUGCACAUGAUUGGGGUUUGCACUGCUUCCCUGGGCUCACUUGGGCUUAUGCGUUUUUUUGGUGUGCCCUGGUCAUGGAGUCUGGCAGCCACACUGGGCAUUUACAUUGGCAGUGGAGGAUGGAGGUUUCUCCGUAUCAUCUUUAAGACGGCUCUGAGGGAUCUCUUUGGCCUCUCGGUGCUGAUACGAGUCAAGUAUGAGUUGCGAAAGCAUCAGCGAACCAAAAACACUAUUCCAAAGAUCUUCCACGAUGUUGUCCGCAGACACCCUGACAAAGUGGCUCUGAUCUAUGAGGCCAAUGAUGAGAAAUGGACAUUCCGGCAGCUGGAUGAGUAUUCCAAUGCCGUAGCUAACUUCUUCUACCAGCAGGGGUUCCGUCUGGGUGAUGUCAUUGCCAUCUUCAUGGAGAGCCGUCCUGAGUUCGUGGGCCUCUGGCUUGGGAUGGCAAAAGUUGGUAUUGAGGCAGCUCUCAUUAACUUCAAUUUGCGUCUGGAUUCUUUGGUUUACUGUGUGACAACCUCAGGGGCAAAGGCUGUGAUCUUUGGAGGAGAGCUGGCUGCAGCAAUAUCUGAAGUGAAUGGGAUGCUGGGCAAGAACAUGGUGAAGUUCUGCUCUGGAGAUUUUAACCCAGACUCUGUCCCUGUGGAGACUAAAUACCUUGAUCCUCUUCUGAGUACUGCAUCAAAAUCUCCUCCAGAUCAGAUUGCAGCCAAAGGUUUAGAUGAUCGGCUCUUCUAUAUCUACACAUCUGGCACGACAGGAAUGCCAAAGGCUGCUAUUGUGGUGCACAGCAGGUACUACCGCAUAGCUGCCUUUGGGUACUAUGCCUACAGAAUGUGCCCUGAGGAUAUCCUCUACAACUGCCUGCCACUCUAUCACUCAGCAGGUAACAUCAUGGGAGUCGGCCAGUGUCUAAUCCAUGGCCUCACUGUGGUGAUCAGGAAGAAGUUCUCAGCCAGUCGCUUUUGGGAUGAUUGUACAAAAUACAAAUGCACAAUUAUUCAGUAUAUUGGGGAGAUCUGUAGGUAUCUUCUGAACCAGCCAGUACGGGAGGCAGAAGCACAACAUCACGUGCGACUUGCAGUGGGAAAUGGAUUGAGACCCACAAUAUGGGAAGACUUUACAAGGCGCUUCAGAAUUAAACAGAUUGGGGAGUUCUAUGGAGCCACAGAGUGUAAUUGCAGCAUUGCUAACUUGGAUGGAAAGGUUGGAGCCUGUGGUUUCAACAGCCGGAUUUUGCCCAAUAUUUAUCCCAUUCGCUUGGUGAAGGUAAAUGAAGACACCAUGGAGCUGAUCCGUGACUCCAGCGGGCUCUGCAUCCCCUGCUGCCCAGGAGACGUGUUAGUGAUGGAUGAACUUGGUUACAUGUACUUCAAAGACCGUAGUGGGGACACAUUUCGGUGGCGAGGGGAAAAUGUCUCCACCACAGAAGUAGAGGGAAUCCUGAGUCACAUCCUCAGUCAAACGGAUGUUGCAGUGUAUGGAGUAGAGGUACCAGGGGUUGAAGGGAAAGCUGGAAUGGCAGCAAUAGCAGAUCCAAAAGCGAAACUGAGUCCUAAUGCUUUGUAUCAGGAGCUACAGAAGGUGCUGCCUCCCUAUGCACGGCCCAUCUUUCUUCGUCUCCUGCCUCAAGUUGACACCACAGGCACAUUCAAAAUCCAGAAAACCCGUUUACAGAGAGAAGGAUUUGACCCUCAUCAAACAUCAGACCGGUUAUAUUUUCUCGAUCUAAAGUCGGGAAAAUAUGUUCCAUUGGAUGAAUGCCUCUUUGAGAAGAUCCGUGCCAGAAAAGUCGCUCUGUGAUCUGGUCUCUGUCUCUUGCAGGAAACGCUGCUGACUAGCUUAAGGAGGGACCCUGCCUGUGAAAGUGAGGGAUUCCUGCUAGAUAAAUAGUGCAAGGUCCUCGUGCAAUGCAUCGGCAACCGUGACAAAUUCAUUGGGCUGUAGGACGUUGUCCUCACAUGUCUUAAGCACAUUAAUUUGUGACCUAUUCCUAUCCUGGGCAUAGACAUGCCAUUUCUCUACUGUUCUGUGUCUAGAGAUUUUUUUUUCUCUUUGUAACCACUACAAACUGAGGGACUCUGUGCAACAUGGGAGGUGUUUAUGGUCUGAAUUAUUUAUUGUAACAUCCUGAGGAUGUAACUGAACAGAAAUGCUAUGCCCUGAGCAGGUUUCCUUCUGCUUUCUCUUUCAACGUUAUGUUGCUAUCUAUAGACCUUUAGUUAGUAGCAUGUUUGCUUCAGGUAGAGCAUUUGAUUGUCCCAUCUCACAUUUCUUUUUCUUAACUACACAUCUAAGAUUCGCUGUAGUGGGAAGUCUUGCUCUGAAGUGUCUGUCAUUCAUUUACCUAAGGUAUUCUGUUUGUGCAAUGGGGCCUAGCACAAUGGGGUCCUGGUCGAUGACUGGGGCUCUAGGCAUUAUGAUAAUAAAUAAUAAUAGGAUUGGGAAUUAAUCAGAUUGUUGACCACUGGAGUGCAGUCUCUAUGAAUCUUCACAAACUGUGGUCUGCAGAAUAAACAGGUUGUUAAUUCACUGAAGGAAGUCAAUUGGGUGUAAAUGGCUAAAAAGCAUAAUUAGGGUCACAGGGCCACUGCCUAGGGACAUUGUUCAUUGGCAUAAUGUAUUUAAACUUGUUACUGGCCUACGCGAUGAGGUAAAUAGCUGGACUUGACAGAGGAGUCACAUGGGAAUGUUAUACCUUUUCAUGCUAAUGUGAGGUCUUAGGAAAUGUUAAUUUUAAUGCUGCUGUGUAUUUUCUUUAAUUUUAUUUUUAUAUUUACUGGUGGUUUUCAUCUUUAAAUUGUUCUGCCAUCUGCUGGAAAUUAGUGGCAAUUGUUGAACACCAAGGAAGGCCACAUAUGACAAGACAAAUAGGAACAUAAUAAUUUUAAUGUCUACUCCAACCUCCAUUAGAAUUUUAUCUUCUGUUUUUUAAUGUGGGCAAAUCCAUUAACAGACACUUCCGGAUGUACUUGUUUUCCUGGUGCUUUUGCCACUAUUAGAACUAAAUGUAACUCUUAAAAUUGGAGAAUUAAAGGGUUUGACCUUCACAGGUGUGUGUGCAUGCUGUGCUUCCACCUGUCCUAACAAUGGAUUAUUUUCUCAUUUUAAUUGUGUAGUCCUGAGCAGCUGGUCAUUCCCUUGUUUUGGAGGCAUUUGAAUUUACCAUAUCUGGUAAUGGCAGCUACUGCUGGUGUAUCCAGCCAUGUGAUGCCUUAAGGAACGUUCAGUGGACUAGUACUUUUUAUGCAAUUUAUACUGGAAGGACCAUAUUCUGUUGCACCCUGUUCAGCAGUUCCAGUUCCAAUUACAGCACUUCAACGACACUACAUGGAGCAUAAGAAAAAAAUUCAUUCUACCCUUUCUCUGGUGGAGUUAAUGCUUCAUCUAAAAUAUUUUUAUAAAGUUUUGAGGAUGCUUUUGAAACACAUUGUUUUAAUGUUUAAUGCACUCAAGAAACUGGACCUUAUCAGUGGUUUAAAUACUGAUUUUUUUUUAAAUCUGGAAUGUGCCUUUUAUCAGGACAGACAUUGAAGAAAGUCAUUCAUGGUAAGAAUGAACCUAGUUAACUGGAACUAUAAUAUACUCAAAAACAAAAUGAGAGAGUCUGCAGCUUGGGAACUGAACUCACCAGCCACCGGCUAUCACUUUAAAUAUACUAAAGUUUCUUGUAGUUUAAAGGAUGUCAUGUAUUGACUAAUUAAACUUUUAAAACAAAAUAGUUUUCAUACUGAUCACUAUAUUGUCUAACUAUUAUUUGUUUUUACCAAACUCAGAAAUAAAAACAAACACAUUAAAACAAA